AUGUCGAAGAAGAAGAACAUGUACGACGUGGAGAACCCGGACUGGACGACGGGCUUCAAGGCCGGCGAGCAGGAGGAGCUCGACGAGUACAUCCGGAUGCUGGCCCGGGACCGCGACGCCGUCACGCCGGGCAUGGAGAUGCGGGCCAACGCGGGCAUGAGCCGCAACUUCCCGGACCCGACGACCUACACGACGAAGAAGCUCGGCUCCGGCGCCGAGUUCGGCGCCAUCGCGCGCCGGGUCCGCGACCGGGACCUCGACCGCCGCCGCGUCCAGUCCGUCCGCGACCAGCUCGGCAAGGUGCGCGUGUCGAGCCGCCAGCGGAGCCGCCAGGGGUCGCGCCAGGGGUCGGCGUCGCGGACCCACGCGAGCGACGAGCGCAAGGUCGUGACGUGGUCGCCCGCGCGGCGCGACCGCCGGAAGCUCAACGAGUCGCCGCAGAAGCCGCGGACGCCCGCGGCGACGCGCUUCUUCGGCGUCACGGGCGGCGUGCGCAUCGAGACGCCCAAGGGCCUGGACACGCCGAAGACGCCGGGCAAGUCCGUGCGCUUCCCGGAGGGCCUCCGCGCGCCCACGCGCGACCGGUCGAGCCGCGGCGGCUCGGGCGGCGGUUCGCCGUCCGCGCGGCGCGCGUCGCCGUCGACGCCGCCGUUCCGGCCCGGCGUGCCCCUGGCGGCGCGCGUGGGCGGCCGCGUCCAGAGCAAGGGCGGCGACUGGAGCGUCGACCCGGCCAAAGUCGCGGCGGCGAAGGCGGCGCCGAAGAUCCCCAUCGGUCUGGAGACGCACGUCCUCGACCCGCGCGAGGUCGAGCGGGCCCACCAGCGCGCCGAGGAGAGCGGCCGCGUCAAGCCCCACUCCGUGCGCGACUACCUCGACCGGCAGCGCAUCGACUUCGCGGACGGCCGCGCGGGCCGCCGCGCCGACGUCGUCACGGGCGACCGCUGGGAGGCGACGCGGCACCGCGAGGUCGGCGCGCGCGACAAGGAGACGCCCGUCAACGCCUUCACGACGGCCCUGCGCAAGGAGGUCGUCCGCGACAAGAUCGAGAAGUUCCUCGACGAGGAGGCGAACGCGCCCGCGCCCGCGCCCGAGCCCGAGGAGAGCGACGACGACGACGACGGCGACGACGACGGCGACGACGGCGGCGACGACGGCGGCGGCGGCGACGGCGGCGACGGCGACGAGGCAAAUUACGAGGCGGCGAUGAAGAAGCACCACAAGCAGGCGAAGCGCGAGGCGACGCGGGCGGAGGACCGGAUCUCGGCGCUCGAGGAGCUCGCGCGCGACCAGAUCGCGGAGAACCUGGGCCUCCUCGAGGUCAAGUACGAGCUCCGCCAGGCCGUCGACACGCUCAACAACCCCGGCGGGCUCUACGCGCUGCUGAAAAAGCCCAAGGCGAACUGCGAGCGCCGCGUCUGCGGGGCCGUGCUCCGGGGCGACGCGGCCGCGCUGCGGCGCCAGCUCGCGGUGCUCUCGCUCUUCCCCCCGGAGCCGCCGGAGAACCUGGCCGUCGCGGCGAAGACCAUCGCGGCGCUGGUCAAGAACGCGCUGCCGGCCUUCGGCGCGAAGAAGCCGCCGGCCUGGCUGGCCGCGUCCCUCGGCGAGCUCCGGGCCGCGCAGGACGCGGGCGAGCCGCUCGUCGUCACGUCCGCGAAGUUGUUGCUCACGGAGCGCGCCUACGAGAAGCGGGCGCGGCUCAAGGCCGCGCGCGAGGGCGGCAAUGCGCCGCGGGGCGGCGGCGACGCGCCCGUCGAGCCGCGCGCGGGCGGCGACUCGUCGUCCGCGAACCACGCGGCGACGCUCGCGGCGCUGCGCGCCGGCGGCGCGUCCAUGGACCAAACCGACGGCCGGGGCUACGCGCCCAUCCACCACGCGGCGAAAGCCGGCGACUUCGGCGUGUUAACAUUCCUGCUCGACGACCUCGGCGCGGACGUCGACGAGGUCACCGAGGACGGCCUCUACGCGACGCCCCUGAUCCUGGCCGCGGGCGUGGCGGACCGGCGCCUCGCCUUCCACGCCAUCACCGUGCUCCUGGCCCACGCCUGCGCCGUCGACGGCGUCGAUGCGAAGAAGCGCAACGCGCUGCACCACGCGGCGCCGCUCGGUCCCCGGAACGUCGUCGAGCUCCUCCUCGACGCGGCCGUGCCCGCGCGCGCGCCCGACGAGGCGGGCCAGUCGCCCGCGGACCUGGCCGUGCGGUCGGGCCAGCGGGGCAUCGCGGAGUUCGUGCGCACGUACCGGGACCCCGUCCGCGAGUGCGGCGGCGCGCUCGGCGUCGGGAACAGGGCAGCAAAAGAGAGCGAAAUUCCCAACUUCAAAGGCUCAUAUCUCGGCCGUUUUCCACUCGUCGGGAAGCGGCUCGAGUUCGUGGAGACGGGGCAAGUCCGGUCGACGCUCCAGCUCAUCGAGGCGCGCCGGCGCGACGCGGCGGCCAUCGCCGCGAGCCACACGGGGCGCCUCGGGCGCGCGGGGAAGCGCCUCCGCGAGUCGCUGAAGCCCUCGAAGGCGAAGAAGUACGUCUCGGGCAUGACGAAGCCCGGCGACGCGCUCCGGCGAAAAACGAAGAGAAAGAAGAAGACCUUCGCGGCGGACUUUCUGAAGACGGCGGACGCGGGCAUGCCGACGACGCUCCCGGACCUCUACGUCAAGCGCGACGACGAGCCCGAGGCGCCGCCGGACGCGGACGGCGCGUUCGAGUGCGAGCGCGGCUGCGGCUUCCGCGGCGACUUCGACGCCGUCGCGCGCCACGAGAAGGGCUGCCCCCACGACGAGGCCGCGGCGGCGCGCAAGACGACGACGACGACGAAGAAGCAGGACGCGGGUUCGCCGGCGCCGAAGAAGAAGGUCGACUUCAAGAAGCGCCUAGUCGAGGCGCAGCACUCGCUCGCGCGCGCGUCGCAGGAGGCCGCGGCCGCCGCGAAGCACGUCGCCGCCGAGGGCGCGCGCGUCGUCCUCGAGGGCUCCGUGCGCAACCGCGACACCUAUGUCUUCGAGUUCGACGGCGACGACGGCUCGCGCGCGGAGCUGAACAAGAUCCGCCAGGCCGCGACGCAGAAGCGCAAGGCCGACAAGGCCGCGAAGCGGCGGGCCAAGGAGGAGAUCCUCCAGAAGCAGCGGGACGUCGAGGCGAAAGCCGAGGAGAACCGGGCCAUCGACGAGUUCAACGACACCCUCGUGGACAUGGGGCUGCCCCCGGCGGGGCGCCUCCUCGCCCUGGCGUGCCUCGCCUCGGCCCGCCUCCGCGCGGAACGUUCCCUGCGCCUGCGCGGCGGCGGCGUCAUCGACGUGCUCAAGCACCGCGCGGCGAAGACCCUGGAGCUCGAGGCGCGGCGCGACGACGUCGGGACGGCCCUCUGCGGCGGGCGCGCGGCCGCGGGCGCCUUCCUCCUCGUGCAGCCCCUGAAGCACUUCGACCUCGCGGCGGAGCCCCGGGGCGCGCGCGCCUACCAGCUCUUCUUCGCGCUCCACUUCUACCUGCGCCUCGCGGGCCUUUUCGGCGGCGCGGAUCUCUUCGAUCGGCCGCGGACGCGGCGCGCGCGCGUCGCCAAAUUCGCCGCGUCCUGCUGCGUCGGGCUGGCGUCCCUCGUCGCCGCGCGCCGCGGCGUCGGCGCGCGCCUGCCCAACGGCCUCGCGCUCGGCGUCCUCGUCGCGCGCACCGCGACCUCGGUCUUCGACUACGCGGCCGCGGAGGUCCACGAGCGCUAUCGCGUCGUCGCGGCGAUGCGCGAGAUCAUGGCGCCGCGCCACCGGCUCCCGGACCUGCUGCCGGAGCACCUCGUGGACCACGAGCGGCGCGCCGUCGCCGAGGCCGCGGACGCCGCGCGCGCCGCGGUCGCGCGGCAGAUCUUGCACGCGGCGUCCGAGGCCCAGCACGCCGCGCGGCGCACGCGGGCCCAGAAGCUCCACGUCCAGCUCGCGCGCGUCGCCAUCGCCGUCGCGACGACCCACGCGGGGCUGCGCGUCGCGUCGAUGAAACGCGUCCACUCGUUCGUGCCGCCGUCGCCCGAGGCCGUCGCGCUCUACGCGCCCGCGGCCGUCGGCGCCUUCGAGGUCGCCCACGCCGUCGACGAGGCGCUCUACCUCAACGGCUACCUCGUGGACCGGCUCCAGCUCCGCGCGGUGACCUGGGGCGUCGCGCGGCUCGAGCUGCCCGUGCGGCUCGCGCUGUGGCUCCUGCGGGGCCUCGGCGCGCUCAUCUCGGGCGUCGUGCGCGUCGCGUCGCGCGCGCUGCUCGCGGGCGAGAAGCUCGUCUUCGGCGAGGAGCUCUUCCUCUACAAGCUCUUCCGCGACCACCCGCGGCUCCGGCGCGCCUGGCGCCUCGGCGCGGCCGCCCAGGCCGCCGUCGUCGACGCGGGCGCGUUGUAUCGGCGCGCGACGAAGCUCGCGGAGCGGCAGACGCGCGCGUUCCUCCGGAAGACGCACAAGGACCUCUGGCCCUGGGUCGUCGGCUUCGCGGGCUACCGGGUCCAGGCGGGCAGCCUCCGCCUCGUCGACGCGCCCCGCUACCUCUCGCGCAAGGCGUCGGAGCCCGUCCUCCUCGUCUCGAAGCUCGCGGCGCGCGGCGCGGCCGCGGCGCUCCGCGCGCUCGCGGGCGCGGCCGGCGCGCCGCUCCGGCUCGUCUUGCGCCCCGGGGUCGGCGGGGCGGCGUAA